AUGACUCGAGCGAUUACCGCUAUUCAGGUCAUGCAACAGAUGUUGUCAAAUGCAUUCUCUGAUGAUGCCAAUCCCGAUGAAGAAGCAGAGGGUGUGUCUGAGGAGGAGGAUUAUGAGGCAAGUAACCAACCGAACAGGGAAGAUGAAGAACAAGAAGAAGAGGAAGGAAAAGAAGAAGAAAUGGUAAAAUUAGAAGACAGAGAGGAGCAAAUGGAAAGAGAGGUAGAAGAGGAAGGAGAGCAUGAAGAAGAACAAGGGGUAACGGAAGAAAGAGAGGAGCAAAUGGACAGAGAGGGGGAAGAGGAUGAAGAAGAAGAAGGGGUAAUAGCAGGAGAGAGAGAGGAGCAAGGGAAAGAAGGUUUGUUUUUUUCUCUCAAAACACAACAAAAUCAUAUGGUCCUCUGUAGCGUAUGAUAAACAAGAGCAGGGUAGAAAAGACAGGAGCAGUGAGGCUACGCUGCCCCCGUCCCCGCUGAUGCCAUCAUCGCUGUUACCACCGACAACUGGCCCACCCGGACCGACUGAAUAUUCUCUCGUCCACGCCCGCGACAUUGCCUUUACAUUUUUCAUGUUCAUCACCCCGUCGAUAGAACGCAUCAUCUUGGAGAUGACUAAUUUGGAGGGGAGACAGAAAAUCGGAGAUGGCUGGCAUGGAUGCCAUUGACCUUCACACCUACAUAGGGCUGCUGCUUUUAGCCGGCGACAGAUCCCGAGGUGAGGCGACUGCCAGUCUGUGGGACGCUGAGAGCGGACGGUCCAUCUUCAGCGCCACAAUGCCACUGAAAGUGUUUCACGCCUACUCUAGACUGCUGAGAUUCGACGACCACGAGUCGAGACCCACCAGACGCGCGGCUGACAAACUGGCGGCCGUAAGAGAGGUCUGGGACAUGUGGUCUGAGCGGCUGCCGUACCUCUACAACCCCAGGUUAUUUCUUUACUGGAUCAACCCCCCCCCAGUCAGUCUUGGACUGGGACAGUGUGACCCAUGA